GACGCCCGGCCGCAGCCGGGAAUGGAGGCCUGCUGCGCGAUCACACCUGCCGAGGACCUCGUGGGCGACCAGAUAGUCCCGGGUGGCGGUCGCUGGGGUACUCCACACACCGUUGGCCUCCUCGACUCUUGGUUUCAGAUGCAGACAUCUGAGCUGGAGUCAUUGCUGUGCAAGCAAGAGGGCGCCUCACUCCAGUCCGCCCACAUGGACCUAUUCGAUGGCGGAACGACUUCGCGUGACGAUGCCUUCCUCCGUCCUGCCCUCUGGGAGGACAUCGCCUCAUCCAUCAGGAACAUCGAUCCUGAGAACGCGAACAUGCUCGCUCCUCUCGGGGCCACCCACGUUAAGUUGGAGGCUGAGGACGCGCUGCUCGAGGAGUGCGCCACUCCUUUACUCAGCCCUUUGGAGAUCAAGACGGAGAGGCUCUGCGCUCCGCCGACGUACGCGCAUCCGCAGCCACCGCAGCAUCAGCCGCACCAACAGCCGGCGACAUCCUUCUCGAAAUACCCCCCCUCGAGACUCGUCUACAUGUCUCCACUGACGCCGCCCGGAUCCGAUCAGGGUAGCCCAGGAAAUUCAAUGCAGGGUGGCCCGCGUCGGACACCACCGCCCCCGUACCACGCACCACCGCUACUGCGUGCGCCACAUAUACCACCGCACCCUGUGUCACAAGGUCACCAUCACCCACAGGCAAUGUCGCAGCCGUUGCAUAUGGCUCCGCAACCUGUCCCAGUGCAACACCCUCAUGUGCCACAGCCUCACUCGCGCCUCGCGCCUCCCCCCAUCAAGUACAACCGCCGGAACAACCCAGAGCUCGAGAAGAGAAGAGUUCACCACUGUGACUUCAUUGAAAGCUGCGCCACACCCGUCCGCGCCAGCGCCUCAUUCGCGCCUCGCGCCUCCGCCUUCCAAGCGGAACAAUCCCCCGUGCAAAACAAUCCCGGACUAGAGAAGAGAAGAGUGCACCAUUGCGAAUUUAUAGGGUGCACCAAAGUUUACACGAAAAGCUCGCAUCUGAAGGCUCACCAACGAAUUCAUACAGGAGAGAAACCUUACACUUGCCAGUGGCCGGAGUGUGAGUGGAGAUUUGCGCGGUCCGACGAGCUAACCCGGCACUACCGCAAGCAUACUGGAGCUAAACCCUUCAAGUGUGCGGUUUGCGAGCGAUCCUUCGCGCGUUCCGACCACCUCGCGUUGCACAUGAAGAGGCACUUGCCCAAAACGUCUAAAUGACACGCGAGGAGAGGCGGGGACCAACCUUCUACGCCUCAACCUAUUCAAGAGGAAACCAGCGAAGGCCUCUUUCUAGAGUGCGAUCUGGAAACUAGCCUGAUGGACACAUUCUACAGCGUACUGUGACUUCGCAGACACGUAUGGAGACAAGCAAACAACAGUAUGUGCAUAUAAAGCGAAACUGCAAGAAACCAACUCAUUUUAUCUCAAACGUCUCUAAUUGUUUAGGAAAAAUAAACUAUACAUGACUACACAACAUGUUUUACGUGCAUUAUUGUGACAUAUUAGUAGAUAAAAUGUACGAAUUUGUGGACAAACGCGAAUCACAAUACUUAGUUAACGAUAUUGUAAAUUUAUUAUAACAUGUUUUAAAAAGCACAACAGGUACAAUCUUUACCAAGGAAUCGCUUUACAUAAAUAAUUAUUAUUGUAAAUUGUUAGCACAGAGUCAUCUAUUGAUCAAUCCAAAAUAGUUUAUUGAUAAGUAUUUUAUAAAUAUUUAUGUACAUUAAAAAUGACAAUUAUCUCUAGUGGGACGCAGUGUUUUGUGACGCCUUGUUAUCAAUAUUUAUUAAUAUUUCAUAUUAUAAGUUAUAAAGUAUCAAUUACUAUUGUAAAGAAAUAUUAAAAAAUCAAUGCUUACCUUACACUUACCUAUGUUUUCGAUUGACGCUCUACAUUUUCGUCGUCUGGCAACAAAUAUCUUAAUAUUAUUUUUUAUUCAAUAAAAUAUUAUCUUUGUUAUUUUAGUGACAAAACAAAUAGACAAUUAAUAUAAAUGUGUGACACAUUGCAUAAAACUGACAGCAUUUUGCAUAAUUAUCUAAGCAUUUGUGUUUUUGGGGUUCCGUACCUCGAAAUAA